AUGGAGGGCUCUGUGCUGAGCCCCACGUCCUGGGAGAGGCGACGGGCCUGGCUCCGACAGAGCCGCCACUGGCAGACCCAGGUCCUGGAAGAGGAGGCCGCCGCAGCCCUGCAGGGUGUCCCAGAUCCCGAGCCUUCUGGCCUGGAUGAUGUUUUCCAGGAAGGGAAUCCAAUCAACAAGAUUGAAGACUGGCUGCAGGAUUGUGGAUACUUUGAAGAAGGGUUUUUUGAGGAAGCAGGACAGCCGAUCCACAACGGGUGCCCCAGCCAUGGAACCAGCUUUGAAGAUGACUUGACCCUCGGAGCAGAAGCCACACUGUUGGCCGCCAACAGCAAACUCUUCUCCAGGAGUUUCCUGGAGACAGCCCGGCCUGGGCAGCUACUGGAUCUUGGCUGCAGUUUGGCUUCCAGCAGCAUGACUGGUGGGACCAACAAGACUAGUUCAAGCAUCUCAGAGAUUCUGGACAAGGUGCAAGAAGAUGCAGAAGAUGUCCUUUUCAGUCUGGGCUUUGGCCAGGAGGACCACAAAGACACUUCUCGAAUUCCUGCCCGAUUUUUCACCACCCCCUCUCAGGCCAAAGGCAUUGAUUUCCAGCUCUUCCUGAAGUCCCAGAUGCGGAGGAUUGAGAUGGAAGACCCGUGCCUCAUGCUGGCCAGCAGGUUUAAGCAAGUGCAAACACUGGCCGUCACCGCCGAUGCCUUCUUCUGUCUCUACUCCUACGUAUCUAAGACCCCUGUCCAAAAGUUCACACCAUCCCACAUGUUCUGGAAUUGCAACCCAACUGAUGUGCCAUCCGUCAAGAUUCUGGCCCCAGAACCUGAACCUCACUCACCCAGAGAGCGCCUCCGGAAAGCCAUCUCCAAAAUGUGCCUGUACACAUGCCCACGAGAUAGGCUAUCACCACCCGACCACACCCCCAAAAGGAACAGUUUAGACCAGGUGGUGUGGGAAGUGAUGGACAGAGUGCGAGGAGAGAAGUUGGUCCUCCAGCAAGACCCUGGGUUUGGGCCAGUCCCACAGGGAGAUCCUGUGCCCCCCAUCAGGGGUACAAAGCUGCCCACUUCUUCCUGUCCAUGUGCCCUCUGCUUUAAAGAGGAAACACAGCAGGGGAUGUCCACAUUGCAAGAACCAUCAGAAACUCUGGAUUCUAACCCCUGUUGCACACAUUCUCUGCCCAGGGCAGAUCUACAGUGGAGCACAGACCCUGCACAGGUAAAGAGACAGCUGUGGGGUCUACAAGCCACCAGUAAGGAAGCCCAUUUAGCCAAGGAUGAGACCUUCUGGAAAAGAAAGAGCAGAGCAAGAAAGAGUCUGUUUCAGAAGAAUCCCAUGGGCAGGAAGGUUAAAUCACUGGACCUGUCCAUCAUCCAACAGCAAUGGAAACAGGGCCAAGAGAGAACAGAACUGCACCGAUCUCUAACCCAGCAGCUGCAGGACACUUUGGACUUGGAGGUGCAAAGCAACAGUGAGGAGGAGGAGAGCCACUGGCCCAGCAGAUCCAGAAACCACCACCUCUACCAGACGUUUGCUGGCAAAGACUCAGGAACCUUUCACCACCACCACAGCACAUGCUCUGACAGCAGCGGCUUCAUAGAAGAGCCUAACUCCCACCUCCUCUUGCAGGAGGCUGUAUGGCCUCCAAUAUCCAGCUCCUGA